AUGCCACCAGUGAGCACUGAGCAGGCACCUGCCAUCGGGCAGGCAGUGUGGCUCUCGGAGAGCACUGAUGGGCUGGUGGACAACAGCAGCUUCUUUGCCUCCCGUGAGGAGGCGGCGGUGCCGCCGCCGCUGGCACGGCUGCGCGCGGGGGAGCCACAGGGGCUGGACUACGCGGGCCGCAUCUGCGUGGCCUCCUGCCCCCGGGACGACGCCGAGGAGAUGCGCUGCGGCCCGCGGCCGACGCGGAGCUACCGGUCCGAGCCCGUGGGCGGCGCCUUCUGCCUGCCCGACGACGCGGCCGUGCUGGCCGGCUCCCUGGGCUUCUUCGGCACCUCGGGGGCCCUCGAGGCCGCCCGCGGCGCCGCCGAGGUGCGGAAGGCGUGGUCGCUCCUAGCGCUGUCGGCGCUGGUCGCCGCGCUGCUGGCCUUCGCUUACUUGUUCUUCGUCUACGAGUGCGCCCAGUCCGUGAUGUGGGCCGGGCUGCUGAGCAUGGUGCUGCUCCCGGCGGUGGCCGCGGUGUACCUCCUCUCCGCCGCGACGAACGGCGGCCUCGACGCGGUCCCGGAUUCCGGGGACGGCCAGAAGGACGCGGCGCUGGGCCUGCUCCUCGGCGCCCUCGCCGCGGGGCUGCUGUGCCUGGCGUGCGCGCAGAGCAGGCAGGUGCAGCGCGCGGCCACCUGCCUCAGCCUCUCGGCCAAGUGCAUCACGGAGAUGCCCUCCCUGAUGGUGGAGCCCUGGCUCGCCGUGCUGUCGCGCAGCCUGCUGCUGGCGGCGCUGACGUCGGGAGGCCUGCGGCUGCUGUCGUGCGGCUGGUACCAGGGCGACGCCAGCCUGGCCCGGGAGCCCCUCGCGGAGCAGGCGCUGCCGGGGCUCAGCCAGCUGGAGUGGGCCUUGCUUGUGCUGUACAUCUUCGCGUCGAUAUGGAUCGUCGAGUUCUUCGUGGCGUUCUCCAACUUCGUCCUGGCGUACUCCGUCGAGCGGUGGUUCUUCUUGUGCUACAAGCGGGCGGAGCAGCCCACCGGAGGGAAGGCCCUGUUCGAAGCGAUCGGGGUGGCGUUGCGCUACCACGUCGGCAGCCUGGCCGCCGGGUCGCUGGUGUUGUUUUGGACGCGCAUCCCGAGGAUGUUGUGCUUUCUGUUCGUCGGGUGCGCGCAGGAUCCAAGCAGCUCGGUGGGCUCCGCGUGCAUCUGCUGCGUUCAGUGCUUCUACGGGUACCUGGUACACCUGACGGAGAGCGCGUACAUGGACGUAGCGCUGAACUCCACCGACUUCUUCAGG